AUGACAACGCAACGACAACGACAACGACAACAACGGCGCAACGUCAACGCCAACGACAACGCAACGCAACGACAACGCAACAAAACGACAACAACAACGACAACGACAACGACAACGCAACGCAACGACUACGACAACGACAAUGACAACGACAACGCAACGCAACAACAACGCAACAAAACGACAACGACAACGACAAUGACAACGACAACGCAACGCAACAACAACGCAACAAAACAACAACGCAACAAAACGACAACGACAACGACAACAACGACGCAACGUCAACGACAACGACAACGCAACGCAACGACAACGCAACAAAACGACAACAACGACACAACGACAACGACAACGACAACGCAACGCAACGACAACGACAACGAUAAUGACAACGACAACGCAACGCAACAACAACGCAACAAAACGACAACGACAACGACAACGACAACAACAACGCAACGCAACGCAACAACAACGCAACAAAACGACAACGACAACGACAAUGACAACGACAACGCAACGCAACAACAACGCAACAAAACAACAACGCAACAAAACGACAACGACAACGACAACAACGACGCAACGUCAACGACAACGACAACGCAACGCAACAACAACGCAACAAAACGACAACGACAACGACAA